AUAGCAGAAAGCAGUAUCUCUAGCAAGGACUUAGCACAGCUUGGGCAGAUUUUCUUCUUGAUGAUAUCUGUUCGGUGCCCCUUAUCAAGAUGGCAAGCAAGAUUUUUUAUUUAUUUUGUAUAAUAUAUAUUUGUCUUCAAGACAAGAUUCAUGUUAGGGGGCAAGAAUGCCGACUUAUAGGAAAAUUUGAUCUGCAUGGAUUUCUGGAGUCAAAAGACCAUGAGUUAAUAAUUGGAGGAAUGUUUCCCUUCCAUUUCCGGACCAUAUUGCAAAAUGAUUCAGCUAUGGAGGAACCCAAAUCACCAAAAUGUGAAGGGUUUAACUUCCGCAGUCUACGCUGGGCCCGAGCCAUGAUCUUUGCAAUCAAUGAAAUAAACGAACGCAUUGACAUUCUUCCGAAUAUCACACUAGGUUAUCAAAUCUUUGAUACAUGCUUUACUAUCUCCAAAGCAGUGGAAGGAACCCUAUCAUUUUUAACAGGGCAAAAUGAGACCCACCCCAAUUUCCGGUGCAGUGCUGGAGCACCCUUGGCUGCCGUUAUUGGAGCUGGUGGAUCAGCCUUAUCGAUUGCCACUGCCAGAAUCUUAGGGCUGUAUUACUUCCCGCAGGUGGGUUAUGCGUCAUCCUGUUCCGUACUCAGCGACAAAUUCCAGUUCCCAUCGUUUCUUCGUACAAUAGCCAGUGACACAGUUCAAUCUAGGGGCAUUGCGGAACUUGUUACUUAUUUUGGGUGGACCUGGGUUGGAACAAUAGCUGCAGAUGAUGAUUAUGGAAAAUAUGGUAUCAAACUUUUCAAAGAAGAGGUGGAGAAACAUGGCGUUUGUAUUUCCUUUUCUGAAACUCUACCAAGGAUAUAUAACAAAGAUUCAAUAGAAAAAAUAGUUGACACAAUAAGAAAGUCCACAGCCAAUAUCAUUGUCAUCUUUUCAUCAGAUAUUGAUUUAAGUUCAUUAAUGGAAGCCUUAGCAGAAACUAAUAUUACAGGAAAAACAUAUAUAUCCAGUGAGGCUUGGACAACGUCAGCACUAAUAGCUAAUCCUAAAUAUUUUCAUUUUCUUGGUGGCACAAUUGGCUUUGCUGUUCGUAAAGCACAUAUACCAGGUUUUGAAGAAUUUCUACAUGAUAUACACCCAGAGCAUGGAAAUGAUGAUUUAGUGUAUGAGUUCUGGGAGGAGGCUUUUAACUGUACUUGGUCCACAAAUCGAGCAUCAUUUUAUACAAAUAUUAGCUCGGAAGCGGCACUGGCUGGACGGAAAAGAAAUGUUUCACCUACACCUUGUACUGGAAGAGAAAAUCUCAAUGCUAGUCAUAAUACAUACACAGAUGUAUCUGAGCUUCGGAUAACGUACAAUGUUUAUAAAGCUGUCUACACAAUAGCACAUGCUCUUCAUGACCUACACAUCUGUGUUAAAGGUUCUGGUCCUUUUCCCAGUAAGGCAUGUGCAGGUGUACUUGAUUUUGAGCCAUGGCAACUGAUGUAUUACUUGAAGAUGGCUAAAUUUACCAUGUUCACUAAUGAAAGCAUGUCAUUUGAUGACUCAGGAGAUAUAAAGGGUCACUAUGAUAUCUUAAACUGGCAGUGGAAAGACAAUCAAACCAUGUCCUUCGUAAAGACUGGACAUUACAAAGAUAUGGGUGGAACCGGUUUUGAAUUUAAGAUUGCCAACAGUUCCAUAUUCUGGAAUACACCGACCUCAAUGCCUCCUCGCUCAGUAUGUAGUGAGAGCUGCAUUCCCGGGACAAGGAAAGGCAUUAGACAAGGGGAACCGGUCUGCUGCUUUGACUGCAUUCAAUGUGCAGAAGGAGAAAUAACUAAUGAAACAGAUGCAAGAGAAUGCAUUUCAUGUCCCUCCGAUUUCUGGUCCAAUUCGCACAGGAAUGAAUGCGUACUGAAGGAAGUGGAAUUUCUUGCGACCGAUGAAGCUUUGGGGAUCACGUUGAUAUUCUUGUCUGUCUUUGGUGCUUCACUUGUUAUUGCCUUUAAUAUUGUUUAUAUUAUGUACAGAGAAACAGCAUUAGUCAAGGCAAACAGUCGCAGCCUGAGCUAUCUCAUUCAGUUUUCUUUAGUUUGUACUUUUAUGACUUCAGUUCUUUUUGUUGGAAAACCAGAGGAAUGGUCCUGUAUGGCUCGUCAAAUUACUCUAGCUUUGGGGUUUUCUCUCUGUCUUUCCUGUAUACUAGGAAAGACAAUUGUUUUAAUGUUACGAAAAAAGUCAGCUAAGUCAAAACUCGCUGAAAGAGGGCACGAAGCGAUGAAACCUGUAUACCAAAUCAUUGUCGCAGUCAUUGGCUUGACUAUUCAAGCUGGCAUUUGUACGGCUUAUCUAAUUCUUUUCCCCCCUUGGGUUUACAAGAACAUGGAAUCCCAAAAUGUAAAGAUAAUUCUUGAGUGUAACGAAGGUUCAAUUGAAUUCCUAUGUGCUAUGUUUGGGUUUGAUGUUUUCCUAGCAAUAUUAUCCUUUAUAACUGCCUUCAUAGCCAGAAAACUGCCAGAUAACUUCAAUGAAGCCAAAUUUAUUACCUUUGGGAUGUUGGUCUUCUUCAUUGUCUGGAUCUCGUUCGUUCCCGCUUACUUAAGCACCAGAGGAAAAUUCAAAGUGGCUGUUGAAAUUUUUGCUAUAUUGGCAUCAAGUUUCGGUUUACUUGGUUGCUUUUUUGUCCCCAAAGGGUACAUCAUUCUUCUAAAACCAGAAAGAAACACGGAAGAAAUUGUCGGUGGUAGGGCUGCCACUAAUGACAAGAGUGCCCCUGCUACUUCUGCCUCAAUCACUAGUGAGAUUAACAAUACAACAGUCUCUACAGUUGUACUUGAUGAUUAAUUCAUUCUCAUACAUCCAUUUGGUCCUUUACACGAGAAAGAAUCAAUUGCAUCAUAUUUUGUGGAAAAUAAAUAUUUUUAAGUUCCAUAAUAUGGCAGCCACAAAUGGGAAAAAUAACUCGCUAGAAAGAAUCUAAUUUUAUACAGCAUAGCACAGGAAUCUUUUACUGUCUCUAUAGAAUUUUAUAUCUUUUGCAAACCAAAGUGUUUACAACUUACACAACAUUUUAAGUUCUGAGACGAAACAUGUAGUGUGUAAGUUGUGACUGAGUGUGUUUUCUGUACAGUUAGCCUGA